CCCACAAACCACCAGGCUCACUGCUCCGGUCCGCAGCUCCUGUCCAAGAAAUGCUCGUCGUUGCCAUGGCACCGGCACCGCUGAGCACCUUCGUGUCCUCCCCUGCGCGUCACCCUUGUUCCGAUUCGUAUCAUGGCCGUCGCCGGGGUGCCGUCUCUGCGUCGUCGUCCUCCUCCUCUGCUAAGGCGGAGGAAGUGGUCAUCGUGGGUGCGGGCAUCGCGGGUCUGGCCACCGCGCUCUCCCUGCGCCGGCUCGGCGUGAGCGCCACCGUGCUGGAGCAGGGCCCGUCCCUGCGCGCGGGCGGCACGUCGCUGACGCUGUUCAAGAACGGGUGGCGCGUGCUGGACUCCAUCGGCGUCGUCGACGAGCUCCGGGCCAAGUACCUCCGCGUCCAGGGGAUGAGGAUGCGGUCGUCGGCGGGCGGUCGUGACCUGCGCGAGUUCUCCUUCGAGGAAGAGGCUCCCGGGCAGGAGGUGCGGGCGGUAGAGAGGGGAGCGCUGCUCGCGGCGCUGGCCUCCAAGCUCCCGCCGGGCGCCAUCUCCUUCUCGUCCAGGCUCAAAUCCAUCGCCGGCCAAGGGCCCGAUGGCACCCUGCUGGAGCUCCAGGACGGGAGGCGGCUCCUGUCCAAAGUGGUGCUGGGCUGCGACGGCGUCAACUCCCCGAUCGCGAGGUGGAUGGGGUUCUCGGAGCCCCGGUACGUGGGGCACAUGGCGUUCCGUGGCCUCGCGGACUACGCUGGCGGGCAGCCGUUCGAGUCCAAGGUGAACUACAUCUACGGCCGGGGCGUCCGCGCCGGCUUCGUCCCGGUCUCCCCGACCAAAGUCUACUGGUUCAUCUGCUUCAACAGCGCAACCCCAGGGCCCAAGACCACGGAUGGCGCGGCGCUCAAGAGCGAGGCCCUGGGCCUGGUGCGGGGCUGGCCGGACGACCUCGUCGCCGUCAUGCGGAGCACGCCGGACGACGCCGUGGUGAAGACGCCCCUCGUGGACCGUUGGCUCUGGCCGGGGCUGGCGCCCCCGGCGUCCAGGGGCGGCGUGGUGCUCGUCGGCGACGCGUGGCACCCGAUGACGCCCAACCUCGGCCAGGGCGCGUGCUGCGCGCUCGAGGACGCCGUCGUCCUGGCGCGCCACCUCGCGCCCGCGGUGCUCGCGGGCGACGACGCCGGCGAGGCGUUGCGCAGGUACGAGAGCGAGAGGUGGGGGCGCGUGUUCCCACUGACGGCGCGCGCGGGGCUCGUCGGUGCGCUCGUGCAGUGGGGCAACCCGCUGGUGUGCGCGGCGCGGGACGGCGUGGUCAUCCCGAGGUUGGUCAGGCUGGGGCCGUUCCUCGAGCACACCAACUUCGAGUGUGGCCUGCUCGAGCCGGCGGCGCCGUCGACAUGAUCUCAGUGUCAAGACAUACGCCGGAACUCAGCAUAAGGAAACCUACACGCUUCUCUACCCCAACACCGAGCUCGACAUCAACACCGACUACAUUUAGACCUCUCUUGUUCAUAUUAAGGUCAAGAUUUUUGGUUGGCUUCUUUUCGGAGACAGGUUAAACUGCAAGGCGAACUUACUUCGCAAAUGUAUCUCCACCGACUCCAUCUGCCCUCAAUGCAACCACCCAUUAGUGGAAAAACGGCUAGCCACAACUUUAGUUGGUGGCGCGUCAUUUUCACACAACGCUAGCACUAUUUUGUUUCAAAUAGUGGUGGCGUAGACUUAUUUGAUACGUCAGCUUUACAUGGUUAGUACUAGCGUUGCUUUUUUCUACACGCCACAAAUAUGCUGGUCCGUCUGUACUCACCACUUGGAAGAUAGUGGUGGCGUCGGAUUGCUAUGUAUGUCAUAGUUAAUUAUCUAUUGCUGGCGUGCUAACUUAUGUUACGCGAGAAACAAUUUUUUCAUUUUAUCAA